GCUAAACUGGUCUUGAAAUUGAAACUCCCGUGAGAUGACGUGAGUGCUUUCCAUAAGUCCAGUCCAAGUCCAACACCGCGAUGCUUUUGGGCCACUCUUUGGGGUUCGGGAAAAUAGUUGAGUUGAGAGGAUGAAUCCCUUUUGGCGCCUCACUUCAGGAAUUCCCAGAGUUUGGAAGCGAGAAGGAGCAGGAGGAGGCGAACCGGGCACGAGGACGAACGCACGAAUCUGCGGCGGCGGUGGACUCGAACCCGCGGCUCCGCCGAUGACGCAGCCGAGCGCAUGCGGAUCGCAGGGGGAGAGAGGGGGAGGAGGAGGAGGAGGAGGAGGAAGAAGAGACACUCCCUGCGCCUGCUCAGGUUCUCCACGGCCACGGUGACAUCGCGUCGACUCUGCGCUCAAGAAGAACCGCGCGGCGCGGUGGCGGCGGCAUCCCUGCGUGGACGCGCAACCGGACGUGCGCUUCGCAAAAAAGUAUGUGACACGUGCAACAGGAUUUCCAAGCAAGCGGGAAUGUUUGGACACUCGUGCACGUGGAAUACCUGACAGGGGAACCCGGUUUGGAUUGCCUUCAGAAUCCCAGGCGGACUUUCAGAGUGGAUCCGGAUCUUCCUCCCAUUCUGGAUUACCAGGAUUGAUUCUGAUCAUUGUUUUAUUUGUCGGAGCACGGCCGUGGAGGUUUCAUGUCGAAGGAGAGGACCUUGGCGUUGCCAUGACGAGCGAGGUGGAGGGGGAGGAGGGCCCCUCGACGGGGGGGGCGAGCAUCACCCGGGUGACCAGGGGUGAUGAGGUCAUUGACCCCUCCUCCCCAUACCACCUGGAUGAGGAAGAGGAGGAAGAAGAGGAGGAGGAGGAGGAAAAGGAAGCUAUCGAGGAAGAGGAAGUGGAGCGCGAUGAUGACGAUGACGAUGCUAGCAGUUCCACAAGCGUACUGGUGGUCCCGUAUCCCGAACUGGCCCCGGUGGUCUUCUUCUGCCUCAAGCAAACCACCUGCCCUCGCAGCUGGUGUAUCCGCAUGGUCUCCAGUCCGUGGUUUGAGCGAGUGAGCAUGAUGGUCAUCCUGUUGAACUGCGUCACGCUGGGAAUGUACCAACCCUGCCAGAACAUCGACUGCUCCUCCGAACGAUGCCAGAUCUUGUCGGCUUUUGACGCCUUCAUCUACAUUUUCUUCGCCUUGGAGAUGGUGAUCAAGAUGGUGGCGCUGGGAAUCUUCGGCCGGCGUAGUUACCUCGGCGACACCUGGAACCGCCUGGACUUCUUCAUUGUCAUGGCAGGCAUGGUGGAGUACUCGCUGGACCUGCAGAACAUCAACUUCACGGCCAUCAGGACCGUGCGAGUCCUGCGGCCGCUCAAAGCCAUCAACAGAGUGCCAAGCAUGCGCAUCCUGGUCAAUUUGCUGUUGGACACACUGCCGAUGCUGGGGAACGUGCUGCUGCUCUGCUUUUUUGUCUUCUUCAUCUUCGGCAUCAUCGGCGUGCAGUUGUGGGCGGGGCUUCUGAGGAACCGUUGCUACCCUGAGGAGAACUUCACGCUGACGACGGGCAUCCGCCUGCCGCGUCCCUACUACAUGGCCGACGAGGACGACGAGCGUCCGUUCAUCUGUUCCCUGCCCAUGGACAACGGCAUCAUGUCGUGUGGGGACGUGCCGUCCAGGCGCGAGGGGGGUCGCGCGUGCUGCCUGGACAAGGCCGACGUGCUCUACCGCCGCUCGCUGGGCCUCGGCGCCGAGCCCCCGCCCAACGGCAGCGUCGCCGCCGCCACCUCGGGCCUGUGCGUCAACUGGAACCAGUACUACACCAGAUGUCACACCGGAUUCAGCAACCCGCACAAGGGAGCCAUCAACUUUGACAACAUCGCCUACGCCUGGAUCGUCAUCUUCCAGGUGAUCACGCUGGAGGGCUGGGUGGAGAUUAUGUACUACGUGAUGGAUGCGCAUUCCUUCUACAACUUCAUCUACUUCAUCCUGCUCAUUAUCGUGGGCUCGUUCUUCAUGAUCAACCUGUGCCUGGUGGUGAUCGCCACGCAGUUCUCGGAGACCAAGCAGCGCGAGCACCAACUGAUGCAGGAGCAGCGGGCGCGCCGCUCGUCCUCGUCCACGCUGGCCAGCGAGCCCGGCGACUGCUACGAGGAACUCUUCCAGCUCCUGUGCCACGUCAUCCGCAAGGCUCGCCGGCAGAGCCUGGCCCUCUUCAACGCCCUGCGCGGCAAGCCACGGGGAUUCCGCGGCGUCGGCAGGGGCCGGCGAGCGGCCGACGCCGGGGAGCGCAAGGCCAACGGCCGGGGAGGGCGGGACGGCCCCGCCCCUUUGCCACCCGGCCCACCCCGCCGCCAUCAUAACAAAGCCGAGCGAGCUCCUCCGGCGCUCCGCGACGAGGGGGACGCCGCAGACGGCGGCGGGGGCGGCGACUCGGACAAGGCGGAAGUGGCGGGACGGCGGCGGCGGCGGCGGGGCUUGGAGGACUGCGGCGAGCGCUGCGGGGGCCUGUGGCACGACACCCGGAUGAAGCUGUGGGCCAUCGUGGAGAGCAAAUACUUCAACAGAGGCAUCAUGAUGGCCAUCCUCAUCAACACCAUCAGUAUGGGCAUCGAGCAUCACCAGCAGCCCGAGGAGCUGACCAACGUUCUGGAGAUCUGCAACAUCGUGUUCACCAGCAUGUUCUCCCUGGAGAUGAUCCUCAAGCUCACCGCCUUCGGCUCCUUCGACUACCUGAGGAACCCCUACAACGUCUUUGACGGCGUCAUCGUCAUCAUCAGCGUAUGCGAGAUCGUGGGCCAGUCCGACGGCGGGCUGUCGGUGCUGCGGACCUUCCGUCUCCUGCGCGUCCUCAAGCUUGUCAGGUUCAUGCCGGCCCUGAGGAGACAGCUGGUGGUCCUCAUGAAGACCAUGGACAACGUGGCCACCUUCUGCAUGUUGCUCAUGCUCUUCAUUUUCAUCUUCAGUAUUCUGGGAAUGCACAUCUUUGGCUGCAAGUUUAGCCUGAAGACGGAGACCGGGGACACGGUGCCGGACAGGAAGAACUUUGACUCACUGCUGUGGGCCAUCGUCACCGUCUUCCAGAUCCUGACUCAGGAGGACUGGAAUGUGGUCUUGUACAACGGCAUGGCGGCCACGUCGCCGCUGGCCGCCCUCUACUUUGUGGCCCUGAUGACCUUCGGGAAUUACGUCCUCUUCAACCUGCUGGUGGCCAUCUUGGUGGAAGGCUUUCAGGCAGAGGGCGACGCCAAUCGCUCGUACUCCGACGACGACCGCUCCUCCUCCAACUUUGACGAGAGCGAGAAGCACGACUCCAUACGGUUGUCAGAUCCCAGGAUCUGCACCUUGACGCCCAAUGGCCACCUGGAGCUGGGCGCCCUCGCAGGUUCCCGAGGGGGUUCGAACUCUUCCAAGAGGCGGAGCUUCACCGGCGAGUCCCGAAACAGCAGCGUGAUUAGCGGCGGGGGCAGGGGGAGCUGGGAGAGACGUUCCCUCUCGCUGCGACAUGGCCGCAGUUCCAACUACCACAACUGGGGGCGCCCGUUCCACCCUCAUUCCGCUUGGGGCCGCAGGUCCAGCUCCAACAGCCUGGGCCGCAGGAACUACGGCUUCGGCGGGGCCCCUCCGGUGGGCGGUAGCCUCCGCGUACACAGCAGCCGCACCCCUCAACCUGCCGAGCAGGAGUCCCUCCUCUCCCGGCCCCCGCAGCCCCACCGUCCUCCAAACCCUCACGGUCCUCCCGCAGCCGGGCUCCUGCUCUCCGGGAGGGACCGCCGGGCCCUAUCGCUGGAGCUCCCGGAGCUUUUCCGGGCAGCGGGGCCCCCCGUCGGCGCCAAAGUGGACUCUGGGAAGAGGAGCAGGGGGUCGGUCGCGGGGGCUUCCGGCUCGGGGAGCGGCGUCGGGACGGACCACCGGGACUGCAAUGGCAAGGCCCCGGGACUCCACGGCCGACUGAUGGUUGAUGUUUUUCCGCAAGUUAACGCUCGCAAGGAGCGGGCAGACCUGGAUGAAGAGUCGGACUAUAGCGUUUGUUUCCGCGUGCAGAAAAUGAUUGAGGUGUACAAGCCCGACUGGUGCGAGAGCCGAGAGGACUGGUCCGUCUACCUCUUCUCCCCGCACAACAAGUUCCGGGCCCUCUGCCAGUCCAUCAUUGCUCACAAGCUCUUUGACUACGUGGUCCUGGUUUUCAUCUUCCUCAAUUGCAUCACGGUGGCUCUGGAGAGGCCCAGGAUUCUCCAAGGCAGCCUGGAAAGGCUUCUCCUCACCAUUUCCAACUAUGUCUUUACUGCCAUCUUUGUGGCCGAGAUGACCCUCAAGGUGGUGUCCAUGGGCCUGUACCUGGGCGAGACGGCCUACCUGCGGAGCAGCUGGAACAUUCUGGACGGCUUCCUGGUCUUUGUCUCGCUCAUCGACAUCGUGGUGUCCAUGGCGGGUGGCGCCAAAAUCCUCGGCGUUCUCCGCGUUCUCAGGCUCUUGCGGACAUUACGACCCCUCAGGGUCAUCAGCAGAGCUCCGGGUCUGAAACUGGUGGUGGAGACCCUCAUCACCUCCCUCAAGCCCAUCGGCAAUAUUGUCCUCAUCUGCUGUGCCUUCUUCAUCAUCUUUGGUAUCCUCGGCGUUCAGCUGUUCAAAGGCAAGUUCUACUACUGCGCCGGGCUGGACGUGAAGAACGUCACCAACAAGUCCGACUGCUUGGCCGCCAACUACCGAUGGGUGCAUCACAAAUAUAACUUUGACAAUCUCGGUCAGGCUCUGAUGUCCUUGUUUGUGCUGGCCUCCAAAGACGGCUGGGUGAACAUCAUGUAUCACGGACUGGAUGCGGUGGGCAUCGACCAGCAGCCGGCGAUCAACAACAACCCGUGGAUGCUUCUCUACUUCAUCUCGUUCCUGCUCAUCGUCAGCUUCUUUGUGCUCAACAUGUUUGUGGGCGUGGUGGUGGAGAACUUCCACAAGUGUCGGCAACACCAGGAGGUGGAGGAGGCCCGGCGGCGCGAGGAGAAGCGCCAGCGACGCAUGGAGAAGAAGAGGCGAAAGGCCCAGAAGCUUCCUUACUACGCCUCCUACGGCCCGGCGCGACUGGCCAUCCACACCUUGUGCACCAGCCACUACCUGGACUUGGUCAUCACCUUCAUCAUCUGCAUCAACGUUAUCACCAUGUCACUCGAGCAUUACAGCCAGCCUCCGUCUCUAGAGACGGCGCUAAAGUAUUGCAACUACUUCUUUACGUCCACCUUUGUCAUCGAAGCGACUCUGAAGAUGGUGGCCUUUGGGUUUCGCCGUUUCUUCAAGGACAGGUGGAACCAGUUGGACCUGGCCAUUGUGUUGCUGUCUGUGAUGGGCAUCACCUUGGAGGAGAUUGAGAUCAACGCCUCGCUACCCAUCAACCCGACCAUCAUCAGGAUCAUGAGGGUGCUCAGGAUAGCCAGAGUCUUGAAGUUGCUUAAAAUGGCAACUGGGAUGAGAGCUUUACUGGACACUGUCGUUCAAGCUCUGCCUCAGGUGGGAAAUCUCGGCCUGCUCUUCAUGCUGCUCUUCUUCAUCUACGCCGCUCUUGGUGUGGAGCUCUUUGGAGAGCUGGUGUGCAACUUUGACUAUCCAUGCGAGGGCAUGAGCCGUCACGCCACCUUUGAGAAUUUUGGAAUGGCGUUCCUCACGCUCUUCCAGGUCUCCACGGGCGACAACUGGAACGGAAUCAUGAAGGACACCCUCCGCGAGUGCCCUCCGGGGCGCGCGGGCGGCGACUACGGCUGCCACGCGGGCCUCCAGUUCAUCUCGCCGUUGUACUUUGUGUCCUUCGUGUUGACGGCUCAGUUUGUCCUCAUUAACGUGGUGGUCGCCGUUCUCAUGAAGCACCUGGACGACUCCAACAAGGAAGCGCAGGAGGACGCCGAGAUGGAUGCCGAGAUUGAGCUGGAGUUGGCCCAGAGCGGCCUGUGCUGCGUGAUGGGAGGCGUCGGGGCCAUGGCGACCGGCGUGGGUGUGGCCGCGGGGGCGGCGGCGGCGGGCGCCGUCGGGGUUCGGAGCGGCGCUUUGAUGGCUCCGCCAAAAGAGGGCGCUGUUGAGGUUCCUCAGGAGGCACGCGCCAACCACAGAUGUCGACUUUAUUCUCCUGCUCAGGAGAGCCAGUGGCUGGAUAGCGUGUCUCUGCUUAUCAAAGACUCAAUGGAAGGUGACAUGAUUGACAACCUGUCCGGCUCAGUCUUCCAUCAUUACUCCCCCGUUUGUAAGGACUGUGACGGACACGCGCGGGAGGUCCGUCUGGCGGAGGUGGAGCGGACCUCGCUGAUGUCGGAGCAGCUGUCGGACAAAUCGUCGUCGCCGGCGCUGCCCGAUGAUCUGAGCCUGGACGAACACGCCGGCGAGCAGAUGCUGAUCGGAGGAAACCAAGGCGGCAGCAGCGGCGACUCCCACAGUUCAGGUGAGUUGCCCACCGAGGGGCAAUACGAGGGGCUCCCUCGUUCAGCUGCUUCCAGAGGAGAAGAAAACCAGGAGGCGCUCCGCCAGCUCUUUGAGGCCGGCGUGCGUCCUCAAAGCCCGACGCGUUGCGCAGAUGAGCGCCUGGAUGGAGGCCCGAGGUCUUCGCCGCUCUUCCACCUCCCAGCUGACUUCUUUCAUCCCGCCGCCAACCCCGCAGACGGGCCUCCGUCCCGGCCGGCCUCCUGGGCGACCCUCCGCUCACCCGGAGCCAACAACGGGGCGCCGCACUCGCGGAGUGGCUCGUCGGCGUCGUCGGCCGCUGGCACCCCCGAUGGUAGCCCGCAGGUGGCGCCAGAAGCAAGCCUCAGCUUCAGCAUCUCGCCACCUCGCCAUCUGGAUCCCCAGCGUCACCCGUCAAACCUCACUCCGGUCUGGUACGAGCCCCCGAGCCCAAAGACCCACGACUGUACUUCCCACCUCCAGAGGAGCCCCGGCCUCUCCCGCCAGGACUCCGGCGAGCCCCCCGACGAAGACCUGGGAGAGAAGAGUCUUUCCGACACUCUGAACGGCCUCUCGCUGACCUGUCAGCAAAGCAACGCAAAGAGCGGCCGGGAAAGAGACGCAAACUCCCGGAAGAACAGAUGAAACUUUUUCACCGCGCCGAGAACUCUUCCGACUCGUUCUGCGAUGUCCUGCCCCCUCUCGUCUUUGAACCGUCUGUUCUCUGUGGCGCGGCUGCUCGGGAUCGGUCGUCUCGAGAGCAUCCCGCUUUUCACGAUUCUGGGAUGACAGGUAAGGAGUUCGGGACUAAGGGGAUUUGGACUCCGGAAGGCGAUGCUUUGGAAUCUGCCAUUGACCGGAGUAGCUGGAACCGGCGCCGGCCGGCUCGGAUUAUCGCGCCAGAUGGGUUCUGUCGGGUACGGGACAUUGCCAGGUAGUUUUCCGUGAUCUUGUCUGCCGUCUGUCCUCCGAAGACGCAUUUCCACCAAGCGGAGUGGUCCGAUUGGUAGUUUCGGAGGGUAAACAAGACCCCCUUGACCGUGGACGACAGAAGGCCCGUUUGACUUCCUUCGCGGUUUAGAGUCUCCGACUUUUGGACCGACUGCUUGGUGGAAACACGUUUUCAGUCGGGUUGAAACUGAAGCCCUAAAGGUUGUCCAGACCAGUAAUCUGUCAGUGUGUGUGACUCGCUUCGUGGUUAGGUAGAGACUGUGGACAGUGUAGAGACUUUGGGUCACGCAAACCCCAAAAUCCACGCAUACCGUACCCAACCCAACCGUGCCGCCGCUUAGUGGAAACUGGAAUUUGGAGUUUGUCCGGUCUGAAAAUGAACCACGAAAAGUGGUACGUAUCAAUCAUGUCCGAACUUUUGUUUUCCUACGCGGCUUGGUGGAGACUUUAGCAAACGGAUCCCCAAAAUGAAUCCAAAUGAACCAAAAUCCUUCUUGCUGCUUUGUGCAAAAACUGAUUUUCUGUGUUUUUGUGGGGUCUGAAAGUGACCCCCCCUAGUCCCCCCACUCAGCGCCUUUCACAACCUUCACGGUUGGGUUCGGAAUCUGAAAAUUGAAAACCAAAAUAAACGCAAACCGAAAUAU